CUCCAGGGCAAUGUCAUGUGACUGACACGAGCGCCGUACAGUGGCAUUAGCGAGUUCUCGUUAGCAGAACGAUACAGUUUAACUCGGUAGAAACAGUUCACUCUUGCUAAACAGUAAACCCUUACGAUACUUCAUAAACAGAAUAUUCAUAGUUGUGAUGCAUUAAACGGCUUUAAAAAACUGCUAGUGUUGUCUAAGCUAGGCCUAGGCUGUACUGUAACGUCUAACUGCUCUGCAAAUGAAACUAUGGAGAACGACCCAAAAUGUAAACAGUGUUGUUAAACGUCUUUUGGCAUUAAUCUGAUACUUUUGGGGACCUACACAACCGGGAUUCAUGUCGCUUGCUAAACCGUUUGAUCUGGAAUUUCAGAAUGAACGGCGCGCAGCAAAAUGACCUGAAAAGACAAAACCUGUUAGAGAGACUUCUUGAUGCAGUUAAACAGUGCCAAAUUCGCUUUGGUGGCAGGAAGGAGAUUGCCUCGGAUUCUGAUAGCAGAGUCAUAUGCCUGUGUGCCCAGUUUGAAGCAGUACUUCAACAUGGCUUGAGGAAAAGUCGUGGUUUAGCCCUCACAGCAGCUGCCAUUAAACAUGCUGCUGGAUUUAGCAGUAAAACUGAAGCAGAGCUGACGUUCUGGUUUUAUGUGAAGGAGCACCUCAACCGUCAUGAGUUGCAGCGCUUCUACUCUCUGCGGAAUAUCACAUCUGAGCAGGGCCGAGGCCGGGCAUGGCUUCGUUGUGCUCUGAACGAACACUCACUAGAGCGCUAUCUUCACAUGCUUCUGGCAGACCAUGCCCGCCUUAGUGCCUUCUAUGAAGACUGGGCUUUUGUUCUGGAUGAGGAGAGAGCCAGUAUGCUGCCCACCAUGGCUGCAGGGCUCAAUUCCAUACUGUUUGCCAUCAACAUCGACAACACGGACCUAAAUGGUCAGGUCCGCGGGGGGUCGUCUGUGUCCCACUUGCUUAAGGAGUCCACACAGGGCAUGAGCAGUUUGUGGAAAGAGUCCACUCAAGGUGUCAGCACUCUUCUGCGGGAAAUCGGUACCGCCACUGCGGUGGUUCCUGGUUUCAUCCCUCGCUCAGAUGCACCAUCAGACCCACUGCCUGUCCUGCCCCGCAGCACUUCUGCAGAUUCUGGUUUAAGAAAAGAGCGCAGACGUAAAAAGAAGAUCACAAACAUCAUCUCCUUUGAUGAUGACUUGGAUGCGGGUGCAGAAGAUGAGGACGAGGCUGGUGAGGACGUUGUGAGGAGUCUCAGGAAGAGUACGGUGGGUCAUGUGAGUUCUGAGGAGGCUCUGGACCCUCCGGACUCCACCUCUCCUGUUCAUAACGGCCUGACUGAGCCUGGGAUCGUGAGCUGGGCUGAAACACCCCCACAGAACGGAGUACUGCCUGAUACCAAGAGCAUUGACAAUGAGGAGGAGGAAGAGAAUGAUAAUUAUGGAAAGAGCAGGCCGGAGCCCCCAGAAGAGGAUCCUGGGAAUGGAGAGCAGAUGGUUGUGGGGAGUUUAUCCAGUGUUUCCACAUGGAGUCCAAGGCAAAUCAUCACUGACAAUGACAACUCACACAUUCUCAUACCUUUGGCCCCCAGUGAGCCCUACACACAACAAGCUGGCAGUUCAGUUGAGAAUGUUGAAUUUCAUGGACAGAAGGAGAGCUCAAGCCCACCAGCUGACAGUGAAAAACAAAGCCAACUCCAGUUUAGCAUGGAGUCAGACUUGCCAGCACAGAUUGCGCCUGUGACUAGUGUUUUGCCGACCCCUGGUCUUCCCGAAUCCAUGACCGUUGCUGAACUGCGGCAAGCCAUUGUGGCCAUGAUGAACAGGAAAGAUGAACUCACUGAGCAGAACACAUCUCUGCGCAGUCUCCUGGAUGGAGAGAUGGAGCACUCGGCUGGGCUGAGGCAGGAGGUGGACAGCUUGAAGAAGAGACUGGCUGAACUAGAGGAGAGACAUGCAGCCAAAGUCCAAGCUCUCAUGAGAGAAAAUGAGGUUCUGAAGGUCCAGCUGAAGAAGUAUGUUGCAGCUGUCCAAAUGCUGAAAAGAGAAGGCAGCCAAGGCAAUGACGCAUUAACCAUUCAAAGGAAUUGUGACGGUCCCCUUCCAGUUCCACAAAACCGGUCUGUAGCUGAUAUAGAGGAACUGGCUGCCAACUAUGAGCGUAAACUCAUUGAGGUGGCUGAGAUGCACGGAGAGCUGAUAGAGUUUAACGAGAGGCUGUACCGCUCCCUCAUGGCCAAAGACAACCUGAUCGGACAGAUGAGACAGGAACUCAUCGACCUGCGCGGGCCGUCCAGGCACUCUGGGCAGAUCGCUGUCUGCUUCCAUAGUAAAUAUCACUGGACUGGCAUGCCUUUAGCAGAAAGGAAAGUGCCAGGGGACCUGAGCCAGACCUCUGACGAUCCCAGCCUAUCUGACUUCGAGACAACACAACGUGCCCUUGUCAACGUGUGGAUCCCCUCUGUGUUCCUUCAAGGUCGGGCUGCCAACGCCUAUCAUGUAUAUCAGGUCUACAUUAGAAUCCUGGACAAUGAGUGGAAUGUGUAUCGGCGCUACGCUGAGUUCAGGGUACUGCACAAUUACCUGCGGCCACAAUUCCCACAAGUCGACGCGUUCAAUUUCCCACCUAAAAAAGCCAUCGGCAACAAGGAUGCCAAGUUUGUAGAGGAGAGGAGGAAACUGCUGCAGUCAUACCUGCGUAUGGUGAUGAAUAAACUGAUCCAGACACUGCCUGAAUUCACUGCCCAGCCCACAAAGGAGACUUUACUGCAGUUACUGCCUUUUUGCCACUCUAUGCCGAUCUGACAGCAGCAAUACAGCAGAGGAGAAGCCGAUCAUGGUAUGUUGUAUGUUGCAUAACCCCACUUCUGGCUUACUGUUCAAAUUUCAUUUCCUUUGAAACCUCUUGAACGUUAUUAGUUCUAUGUAAUCAGUACAGUUAGAUUAGCCAGCUCUCAGACCAAUGGCUUCAUAAGUGGCUGUUCCGUCAUACCUUCACAAAGGUGCUUUGAAACUGUUGUUUUUGGUCCUUUUUGAGAACAGAGAAGGAAAUUCAUGGUUCCCUCCCCACUUGAAGAUUAUCCAGUUGCAGAAAAAAAGUACGUGAACCAUAGAUUUUUGCAUAAAUUGGUCAUAAAAUUUGAUGCUUUGUGGGAUAGAAAGAGUGUGACUAUAUCCAUUCGAAUUCACACAGAGAUAUUGUGUUUUUAUGCUUGUGUAAGGAGAAUGUCAGACAUUAUAGAAGUAUGGAACCACAGCAAAGAGCAAGUAAUUUUUUUUUAUUUUAUACUCCUUAUUUAAGCUCUGUUAGCUCUGACUCUUGUUGACUCCAAUUAAGUUAGUCAUUAACCUGUUCUUUUGACAUGAAAACUUAUAUUUAAGCAGACUGUGGUGUUUGUUGUUGUGAUUUGGUUGAAGAUCGAAAGUCAUUUUAGCAGAAAUCCACAAAUGUAGCAACAUUUUUUCUGCAAAUGUAGGUGCAUUCAGUUUGACAAAACCAUUUAUUUGCUCUUCUCUGUGGUUUUAUACUCCUAAAAUGUCUGGCAUUCACUUUAAACAUGCAUAUAAAGCACACACCAUCAGUGUGUGAAUUCGAUUGGAUGCAGUUGCACCCUUUCCAUCCCAUAUGCAGCAAGUUUAUGAAGCCUUGGCUAUAUAUUUUAGCCACAAUCAUACAAAAACCAUGACUCUCAGACAGUGCAGCACUGAUACAGUCACACCGCUCUCAGACACACACACACCACUUCUCUGUCACUCAUCUAUGGCAGUCUCAUGACAUUGCAGCUGCCCUCCAUCUCACCUGACACCUCCAAUUGUAACCCAAUGUGGAUUUUUUUUUUUUUUUUAACCAAGCACCUUUCUGCUUUUCUGCCUGCUUUUAGUUCCCCUGCUCACCAUCAGCACCAUAAAUAUAAGACAAAUUGAAACAAGAUGAUAUAGAAUAAAAGAGAAAAAGUCUCCUUAUCUAUAAAGUGUUACAUUUAUGAUGUUAUUUUGUAGACCAUCCCAGAAGUUCACAUCACCCUCGUUCCCUAAACAAAUAAACAGAUUUUUCCCAUUGGCUUUUGGAUUGUUGCAGAAAAUAAGCUCUGUGACCAACAAAAGUUUACAACUCUCACACGUUUUGUACAUUAUGAUCUCACAAAUGAACACAACUUUUAUGAAUUUUGAAGCUUAAAUACAAUCGGCAGAAGGAAAAAGCUAAACAUAGGCUAUAAAUCAGGGUUCCUCAAUUAGUUUUCACCGAGGGCCAAAUUCUGCCAAAAAUACCAAGCCAAGGGCCACUGACCUAUAUAUAUAUAUAUAUAUAUAUAUAUAUACUAUAUUGCCAAAAGUAUUGGGUCACCCCCUUCUAAUGAACAGGUUUGACUACUUUAGUCAUUUCCAUGAGUACAAAUCUUAAUGUUUAAGCAUAUAAUGAUAUUCUAGGGAAUUGUGUGCUUCUAAUUUUAAAGCAACAGUUUGGACAGGACCCUUUUCUAUUCUAACAUGACAAUACCUCUGUGUAUAAGGCAAGGUUCAAAAAGAAAUGAUUGUUUUAGUCAGUGUGGAAGAACUUGACUGGUUUGCAGAAAGCCAAGUCCUAAUCCAAGCUGAACACCUCUGGUGUGACUUUAAAUGCAGAUCUUGAGCCAAAAACUCUUUACCAAACACCAAUGACUUUUACAUACGCUGUAUGGACAAACGUACUGGGACACCCCCUUCUUUAGAACAGAAAAAGGCACUUCCAAAACUGUGGCAACAAAGAUGGAAACAUAAUUCAUGUAUUUAAAAAUUGUAUUUCCAUGUCUGUUGCAACAGUUUUGGAAGUGUCUAAAAUGACUGUACCCAUAUGUACAAGUCAUUGGUGUUUGGUAAAGAGUUUUUGGCUCAAGAUCUGCAUUUUUUUUUGCCUUUAUUAUGAUAGGACAGAUCAAAACUGACAAGAAGCGAAGUGGGAUAUACAACAUGGGCUCAUUGGAAAUGCAUGCCUCUACCUACAUUUCUGCGAAACUUAAAAAACGUACCUAUACACACGAAUCGCUGCAGUUUCCAGUUGAAAGGAACACUAGAGGCAAUAAACUUUUAUUCCUUUUCACACAAAAUAUGUGACCCUGGACGACAAAACCAGUCUUAAGUGUAAAUUUUUCGAAAUUGAGAUUCAUACAUCUUCUGAAAGCUGAAUUAAUAAUUUGUUAGGAUAGGACAAUAUUUGGCUGAGAUACAACUAUUUGAAUAUCUGGAAUCUGAGGGUGCAAAAAAAAAUCUAAAUAUUGUUGUCCAAAUGAAGUUAUUAGCAAUGCAUAUUACUAAUCAAAAAUUAAGUUUUGAUACAUUUACGGUUAGAAAUGUACAAAAUAUCUUCAUGGAACAUGAUCUUUACUUAAUAUCCUAAUGAUUUUUGGCAUAAAAGAAAAAUUUUGACCCACACGGUGUAUUUUUGGCUAUUGCUACAAAUAUACCCCAGCGACUUAAGACUGGUUUUGUGGUCCAGGGUCACAUAUGAUUUGCAGGUCCACAAAUCAGGUUAAUUUCGAUUAAUAAAGCCUAAUUUUUGCUUAAUUACUUGAGAAAUAUUAUGUUAUAAAUUCAAAACAAUUUUAACAUGCUGCGAGAUUUGAAAACUGAUACUUUUGAACAUUGUCAUCACAUAUACAGCUUAAUUUGCAUGAGUUUUCUAAUUCAGUAGGUUUGCUCAGUAGCUCACAGGAUAACAGCGUUGCACUUGAGUGAAGAAUUGCUCCUGUACGAACCCUGUGAAACUACGGUUCAACAAAAAAGCUCAAAUACGCAUAAGGAAGUGGAAAUAGCACGGCUGCUUCAGCAAAUGCAUGUUUUUAUUUAUAUAUAUAUAUAUAUAUAUAUAUAUAUAAUUUUUUUUUUUAAUCACUUUUGCAUUUGUUAACACUAUCGGGUAGGUUUAGGCUUGGGUUUGGUGUAGAGGAUAUUUCCAAUACGGUAGAGCAUUAACUUUUAGCUACAUUCAUCAGAUAUUUGAAUUAUGAACCACCACAAUACGUACCUGAAACUACGUAAUAAAGAACACAGCAAUACGUGCCCAUAUCAACGUAAGAAAAACAUGUCAGGGUCACGAAUUGAACCAGCAUUUUAGCGCCACUCACUGGAUGUUUCACUGCUGUGAAAUGUGCAGUAAGGUACAUAAUAACGGUGUUGCAGAAAUGUAUUUAGAGGCAUGUAUUUUGAAAGAGCCUGGGUUGGGGAUAGCGAUAGGGGGUGGGAUCGGGAAAGGUCCUCGAGUCGGGAUUCGAACUCGGGGCGCCCGUAGCACAACGGCACUGUAUGUCGGCACGCUGCCCACAAGGCUAGCGGCACAGACAUUGUAUUUUAUUUUUACUCUUCUAUUUAAUUGUGUAUUUCAUUGUAUUAUCUUUAGUUCUUUUUAGUUAAUCGUUUAUCUUAUUUUAUAGCACACAGAGGCGUACAGCAGUUUGCGCAGUACAUUGUUACAUUAUUUACAUUGUUUAUUUAUAUGUAGUUUGGGAGCAGGCACCAUGUGAGCCAGGACCGCCACUGGCUCCUAGACUCCUCCAGCUCAUGAGUGACAUAGUUGUCAUGAUAUCCAGGCUGGAGUUGACUCUGUACGGUGAGCCGCAGCUGUGUAUGUAUAGCGUCUAACCCUCAACAGCAGCUGAUGUCUAUACAGCCCUCCCUCAGCCUCGAGGGCUUUCCGCUCGGUGCUCAACUCACAGCCAUCUUUCAAUUUCAGUUUGUUAGCAUUGAGUUACGGGUGAUGUCAGUGUGCGGCCUGUGAGGAUGUAAGGAAAAAAUUUAUUGCGAGGAGCUUGUUUCAUUGUUUAUUUACCUACAGCGGGGACUCUGACACGAAGGAGUGUUUAGUUAUUGUAAAUGCACAGAGAACAUGGUUUCCUGCUCCGUUUAAGCAUUUAGGUGCCUGGUGGGAACUAUCUGUUUUCCAAAGGUAUUACAACAUAAAUGAACACCUGGAGUCAGGCAGGAGAAGAAAGAGCAGAGCGCCCAGGGGUUUACCGAUGUUUGCGUUUGUUCU